ACAUUAUUCCGGCUCCCAAGAUCAUUUUUGCAACCUGUGAUCACAAAGACAAGGAAUUGCUGGUGCAUUUGACCGAGGUACCGGGAGCUGAAAGCUAUCACGUGAUCACUUAUUUCCAUGAAAAUGUGAAAAACCAGGCAUCUGUGACCACGUUGGUAACGCGAAUGACAAACGUAGACUGUAAAUUUCGCUACUUAUCCGCUCGUGCCUACAAUGGAAAAGAGUACAGUGAUUUUUCAAAGGAUUUUCCAGUAACACAUAUCAAUCAGCAAAAAUUGGGUCAAGUGAGCUGGGAUGGCGAUCAUCUGCGCGUGCAGGGGACUGAAUACAUACUGACCAUGCGAAUCAAACAGCAAGACGAAAGCAUAAGUCAGUUCGAAAUUCCCGGCGAUUACUUUAGCAAUCAUACGUGUAACGAAUGCCGCUAUCAAAUAGAGCAGCCAUACCCAUCAGAUGAGUGGCUCAUACCUGAGUCAACAGAUCCCACUCUGCCAGUGAUUAAGGAGAUGACUUGGUACGAUCAGGAAUUAUAUAUUACCAUGGAAAUGGAUGGCGGUGAAAUGCUAGCAGAAUAUGAGGCCAUUUUUGUUCAUGGUAACGCCGUCAAAGAUAUUCAUUCGUGGUAUGGUCCAGUGGGAUAUUUGACUAAACUUAAGUGCUUUGAUUGUCUGGUCGCAGUGCGCACGUUUGUGGACGGGAUCGGUUCGCGAUUUACCGCUCUCGAACAACCGAAAGUUAAUCCUCAGCCACUAGUCACCCAUCUAAUAUCGACUGGACCAAGGGUAAUUGAGGUGGGAGCGAACGUUCUGGUCAAUGGAAGUUGUUUCCUGAGAUAUUCACUGAACGGUUACGGAUUAUUGAAACCACGCAUCGCUAUGGUCCUCGGUCAUCCAUUUCCACUGAUGGUGAAAGAAGUCUCCGGCCUGGAAGAAGUGAAAUUUCAAUACAGCCUUAUCAACACACCCAAAUGUAUACCGAUUUUUACCACAUUUAUCCCUGUGGUCCAGGGACAACAAGUUUAUGAUGCGAUUGGAAAACAUCAAGAGAAUUCUUCAGAGGCAAUCGGGGCCUCAAAUAUCGAGCACCGAAUACACGCGGGUAUUGUUUACGUGAAAUGGAAGAAUGAAGCUCUGUGUCCAAUCAUUUCCUAUGAGGUCAAGGUCUUUCGAAAAGAAAAUGUGAUAACUACAAUUCCCACGAAUGACACAUUUGUCACCAUAGAAGGACUACCGACCUGUGUGGAAUAUCGCUUUGAAGUGUUGAGUUUCUUUGCCGUGAGCAAGUCGGUGGAAGUUGAUGGAGGCUCAUUUAUUGGUGAGUAUUUUCUCGUGUACAUUUCGACUGGCACGUUUUUGAGUUCGAUUUAA